AUGCUGUGUGACGGAGAGGUCCAGUGUCCUCUUACCUGGGACGACGAGGACAACUGUCCGUUCUCAUGCUCGGCGACCGCCCCUUACUGUGAGUGCCAGGACAUAAGCAUCAGCUGCCUUCACCGUGGUAUGACCUCUCUGCCCAAUGAUAUAGAGCCUCAAAUCUCCCGCUUCCACCUGGCGGGGAACUACCUGAACCACACCCUGAACGCCAGUACCUUCCUCCCUUACCGUCAUAUCGUCUUCCUGGAUUUAAGCAACAACAGCCUGUCGACUUUACCUGCUGGGAUGUUCCUGCACCUGAGUCGACUUAGAAUACUCGACCUACGAGAUAAUUUCCUCAGCGGUGUAGCCAACUCGACCUUCCUGGGGCUGACAAAUCUUAAGGCGCUGCACCUAACGGGGAACACCAUCCUGACGCUGGACUCGUGGGCGCUCUACGGUCUCUCUUCCCUCUCAACACUGUAA